CGCAGAGUCCAGAGCUCCGAGGGAUAAAGCAGACAAGCGCCAUCUUGUCUGACGCAAGACUCAAGCAGAGGAGUGAGCCGAAACGUGGUAACAUUCGAAGUGGUGAAUCAAAGCUGUUUGUGAACUUCGCUAGCGGAUAAAAAGCUCCAAAAUGACAGAAGAAGAGGUUGGGUUCGACCCGACCAUGAAGAAGAAGAAAAAGAAGAAGAAGCCUUUCGAUCCUUCGGCGAUUGAGGGCAUCGAAGAUGGUCCACCGACGACGCCGUCAGGAGCUGCUGACGAUGAUGUCGAGAAAGGAGACAAAGAUGCGGCUUCAAAGGAAAACAUUGAUGACGACGAGAACCUAGAUUUCACCAAACUGAAGCGCAAGAAGAAAAAGCCUACUUUCAACCUCGAAGACCUAGGUGGUGCGCUCGACGAUUCCCAGAACGCAAAAGACGGUAUCGGAGCCGACGGUGUGGGUGGGGACGAUGACCUGGACUUCAAUAACAUGAAGAAGAAGAAAAAGAAGAAGAAGGUCAACGUUGACGAAUUCGAACUUGACGAGGAAGCCGAAGGAGAGGUUGAUUCCCCGUCAUCCGGAGGCACCGACGCAUGGCGUGGAUCCGAUCGAGACUAUACCUAUGAUGAGCUGCUGCAACGAGUAUUCAACAUAAUGAAGGAGAAGAAUCCGGACAUGGUUGCCGGAGAGAAGCGCAAGUUCGUCAUGAAACCGCCACAGGUUCUCCGGGUCGGAACCAAGAAAACUUCAUUCGCCAACUUCCUGGAAAUUUCAAAGACGUUGCGAAGAACGUCGAAGCACCUUCAGGCUUUCUUGUUGGCCGAGUUAGGAACUAGCGGAUCCGUAGAUGCGAAUAAUCAGCUGAUCAUCAAAGGUCGCUUCCAGCAAAAACAGAUUGAGAACAUUCUUCGGAGAUAUAUUAAGGAGUACGUUACGUGUCACACGUGUCGUGCACCCGAAACAAUCUUGGAGAAGGAUACUCGUCUGAACUUUUUGCGAUGUGAGAAAUGCGGGUCCAGAUGCUCUGUACAGUCCAUCAAGAGCGGAUUCCAAGCAGUCACAGCCAAGCGUGCCGCUAUCAGGGCUAAAGCUACCUAGAACUUAUGGGGGAGAACGAAUAAACAAGGAUUCCAAAUAUUUUCUUUAA